CAAUGCGUAUGAGUGCCGUGCAGACUGAUACUCAGUUCGUUUAUGUUGUACGAUGUUUACUGGCCUAUGCAACUACAUGUGGUGUUUUGCAAUUCAAAUCGUCAUUAAUCCCGAAAGCCAACAAAUUUGAGGCCGAAUAUGAAGCGCAUUUCGCGGCCAAAACAGUGACACCAGCCGAAGCAACAGAAAAAGAUAGUAAGACAGCAAAUGAAGUCACGAAAGCAAGUGCCGAACAGCCAGAUGCGAAAGCGGCGAUAACAAUUACAGUUAAUGACCAAAUUGCAAUCAAUACUGAUGCAUCAAAAGAAAACAUGGACAAAAAAUCGAAAGAAACCGCAGAAAUGGCUGGUGCCAAGCCUUCAGAUACUGCCAAGCAUAAUGAGAUUAAAGCCACUGAUGAUCACAAACAGAGCAACGAGCCCCUGAAACGCACAGAUGACGUUCAGAGACCGUCUGCUGAGGUUGGAAAGCAGAUUGACGAUGCAGCGCCUAAA